AAAAAUAUUGAUAUUAAAAUGCAACAAGACGGCGACAGUUCUAAUUCAGAGGAUAAUGAUGCUUACCAAAGCCAAAUUGAGACUACCAGACAGCAAAUCAAUUUUAGUACAAGAAUAAUGGAAGAAGAAAAGGGAGCUCCUUUAGAGAUCAAACCUCUUCCGGUUAUUCACACUAAGAAAGAAAGCACUGACUUUUUUUUACCGGAUAUUAAAUAAAAACAAAUAUAAUGGGUGGCUUCCAAAUGGAAAUCCUCCUCAAAAGAAAUUAGAAGGACUAGCGGAGGAUAAAUAAAGCUACAAUCAUCUCUUCAAACUCGAUUAUCACUCCUAACAUAGGAGUUGGCCACUUUAAGGACUUGAAGGAAGGUCAAAAUCACAAAUUCAUUGAGGAAUACGACAAAACUAAGAAUCCUCCGUUAGAUAGUUCUCAACUGAAGGAAACCCAAAAGAAUGAUAUGACAACUGUCUUGGACAACACAUGUAGGCCAAUGGCUGGAGAUCUAGAUCGGGAUAACCAGGAGUACAUUGACCCAGUUUUUCAAGACGAAGCUGAUGAAGAGAUUGAGAUAAAACCAAAAGCCAUGAAAACCAAAAACUUGAAUGUUUAUGACAUCAACUAUUAUAGAGAUAAUGAUGAAACUUUGAAAGAGAUUUAUGGAGUGAAAUACUUUCUCAUCUUCCCUGAUAUGAGACCUAAGCAGUUCUGGGACCUCUUCAUCACAGUUGGUAUUAUCAUCCUCUGCUUCUUGGUCCCAUGGAGGCUUGCAUUCUUUGAAGAUAAUAAUACCCUAAGUUGGUUUAUUGCAGAUACUAUAAUUGAUUGUUUCUUCACAGUUGAUAUUGUACUAAAUUUCUUCACUGUAUACACAGAUGAAUAUGAAAACUUCGUGACAGAUCGAAGGCUCAUAGCGUUUACUUACUUGAGAGGAUGGUUCCUGUUUGAUUUCGUCUCAAUCCUCCCCCUUGAAUACCUUAUUGGAGAUACUCGAGGCCUUAAUGAGCUUGCCAGACUUAUGAGAGUUCUGAAGAUGUAUAAACUUGUCAAGAUUUUCAGACUUGUUAAACAAAGUGGUAAAAUUCAAAAAUAUGCCAAAGAAUGGUUAAAAAUCAGCAUGAUUAUGGAAAGGUCUAUCGCAUUUUUCUUUCUUAUCACUAUCACUACUCAUGUAUUUGCCUGUAUUUGGUACUUUCUCUCUAAAUGGAAUGAUUUUGGACCCGACACUUGGGUUUAUAACACAGGACUUGUUGAUGCGACUAACUUUAAUGCCUACAUUUAUUGAUGCUAUUUUAUAAUACAAGUAUUAACAACAGUGGGAUAUGGAGACAUUACCAUACAUUCGUCAACUGAGAAGUUACUGAUUAUGAUGAUUAUGCUCGUUGGAGUUAUAGUGUUCUCCUUUGCAUUUGGAUCUCUUGUCUCAGCCUUAACUAAUCUGGAUAGUAGGGCUGCUAAACUUAAAGAAAGGAUAUUUGAGCUGAACUCCCUCAAUAAGAAAUACAAACUCUCUACAGGACUUUACCAAAGAUUGUACAAAGAGAUUAAGUUUGAGAAAGAACAAGAUAUUAACUUGGAAAGUUUGGUAAAGACUCUUCCUGUGGUAUUACGUACUGAGCUCAUCCUAGCUGUAAAUAGUGUGAUUAUCAACACUAUUAAUUUCUUUAAAACCAAGGAUGACCAAUUCUGUGCAGCUGUAGCGUCCCACCUGAAAUCCACAAAUACUGCAGCAGGGGAUUAUAUCUACGAAGAAAAAGAUCCUAUUUUAGAGAUAUUUUUCUUAUUGACAGGUGAAGCUGGAUAUGCAAUAACUAAGGAUCAUGUCACCAUAAUUUACUCCAAAAUAGUUCCUGGAAAUCUGUUUGGUGAUCUUGACAUGAUAAACACAAAAGGAAAAAGGAAGGAGAAUUCAAGAAAGUUCACAGUCAAGGCUAUUAGUAAUUGAGAGAUAAUAUCUCUAAAGAAAGAGUCUAUCUCCGAGCUUGAGAGUGACUUUCCAGCGACUAUAGCUGAUAUUUUCUACCUUGUUCACUACAGAAGAGAACAGCUGCUUAAGUGCAGGGCUGUUGCGAAACAGAAGUUAGAUCAAGAGCUUAAGAUUAAACUCAGAAAAUUCCAAACAGAGAAAAAGUAUCUUUCCAACAAGCUAAAAAGAAUGGAUACUAAGAAAAUUGCUGAUUUUGAAGCAGACAAAGUCUAUGAAUUUGAUGAAAAUUCACAACGAAUUUAUAAUAUAAAUCUGUACUCCAGAAGAAGAGCUAUCAGACUCUACCACAACAUGGAGAAGUUUAAAGCACAUGCUAUUGAGAUCAUGGAUAAUUACAGAAAGAAUAAUACCCAAACCAGCAAACUCUUCCAACUCCUCGACCAAAUCUCCCUCCUCAUCGCUUCAAAACGUAAAGAAAGGAACAAAAAACUAGAAGAAGCUAAAGAACGUAUUAACAAAUUCAAAGAACUUAUGAAAAUGAAGAUGGAUGCCAAACAGCAGGAAGAAGAAGUCAGGAGGAAGAAGGAGGAGGAAGAAAGAAGGAAUCUUAAGGAAUUUGGACAUGAGGGAUAUAAGACGAAGGAAGAGGUUGAGAGGAGAGUGAAGGAGAUUGUGGUGAUGAGGAAGGUGAAGGCGAAGUAUGGGUCAGGAGGGAUGGAUAAGUGGGUCUCUGAUAAGUGGAAUCUCCAAAUUGUUUAAUUUUUUGAGAUUUUUA